GGAGAGAAGACGAGAGAGUUCUGGAGAGACGGAGAGAAGGCUGUUGUGUGUGCGUGUGUGGGCGGAGAGAGAGAGAGAGAGAGAGAGAGAGAGAGAGAGAGACCUGUACCUAUAUUUAAAGCUAGCUCACUCUCUCACUUCAGUAUGUCCUUCUCCCCCGCCUUUAACGGACUAAGUCGAGACCAGGACAAGUUCUCGAGACCCUUCGAUAGAGACCGCUUUCAUACCGGUAUUAGACAGGAUUUGGACUCGAAGAAGCCCCGCGGAUUCGGUGCUGGUGGACGGGAUAUGUUUUUUAAUGAGUGUUUUCUCAGCCCCGAAGCGAUGUUUACUAAGGCUGACGAAGGCGGUGACGACCCUACACUCCGCGGACGACACCCUCACCACCCACACUUCCGCGUCCCUUCCUGGCUCUCAGACGACCAGGACAUGAAGGAUCUCGCCGCUAGGAUGUCCCACGCUCCGCACUUCGCUACCCUGGGUCGUCGUGGGGGCAGCGCAGGGCCGUGGCGGGAGCGCAGGCACUCUGGUGGAUCAGCCAUGAGUGGAACCUCCGAAGAUGACACGUUUGACCCUUCAGGAGCCGGUGAUAGGAUGUCCCAGGGGUCCUCGGGGUCCUGUGAGCAGUCUGGGGUUCCUCAUGAGAUUCCUAUACGGUUUGAGGCCCCCCCGCCACCGUCCCAGCAGCAGCAGCCCCCCGUAGGACCCCCGACGCAGGGACAACCACAGGAGGGUGAAGGAUGCAUGAACAACAGACCCACUAGAACGACAUCCGCGGUUGAUGCCACGGAGCAUGGAACCAACAGCGGAAUGUCCAAUAGGAACUCGAGGUGUGCGUCAGCUCCCCCGGAAAUGGCAGAGCAGCAACAAGGUCAGGUUCAGGGUCAGGAGCCAGCGCAGAACCAGCAACAACAGCCCCAGAGAUUCGUGUCAAAGAUCAGUAUCACACCACAAGCCCCGACCGUCCCCCAGCCCUCCACGUCCCCGCAGUACUCCCCUCUCCCGGCGAAGUUCAACACAGUCCCCAGGCCGUUCGUGUCGCCAGAUCCCCAACACCAGUACCAACAGCCCCAGCAGCAGUACCAACAGCCCCAGCAGCAAUACCAACAGCCAUACCCACAGCAGUACCCUCAGCAACCCCCCCAGCAGCAGUACCAAGCUCCCCCACAUCCACAGCAGCAGCAGCAGCCUCCCCUUGGUUUCUACCCCCCACAGCCUCAGCCAGAGCAGCAGUGGCAGUUCGGCGGGCAGCAGCAGUACCCUCCACAGCAGUACCCCCAGCAGGAGCCUCAGCGGGGUGGACAGAGGCCUAGUGUGGUGAGAAACAUUCCGAUCUUUGUCGAGGGGCGUGAUGACCCCAUAGACCAGGAGCCCAGACCAGCCGCGCCUCCACAGUGGACGCAGACCCGCCCACAACCCCAACAACAGCCUCAACCACACCCACAACCCCGCCCAGUGCCACAACAACCCCAGCAGCAACCACAACCUCAACCAAUGCCCCGACAGAAGCGCCAGCAGGCCCACCAACCCACACCACCACCACAGCAACCAAUCCCGCACCCUGUCCCAAUGCCGAUGCCGGAACCGCACGGGAUACCCCCCUACCAGAACCAGAACCAGGCACCCCAGCAACCUCAACCCCAGCAGCCUCAACCACAGGAAGCCCCACCUCCGGAACCCCAGCCGUCCGUACCUAAGGACCCGAGAAUGGCGCAGAUCGAGAGGGUUAGCGCUACUGUGAAAGACCUCGUGGGAAAAGUUGAGGAAUACAAGGGCGGGAAGAAGGACCGCGAAUUCCUCUACCUGGAUGAGAUGUUGACAAGAGCGCUGUUGGAACUUGACAACGUGGACCCUGAUGGCUGUGACGAUGUGAGACAGGCCAGGCGAACGGUGAUCAAGGGAAUAAACGCGGCCAUAUCGAAGUUAGAGGAGAAGGCCACAACGCCAUUGAAGGAGGAUCAGAACACUCAACCUCCUCCUCCUCCUCCUCCACCUCCUACCGCUAAUCAGGAUCCCGCAGCGCCUCCCCCUACGACUCCUACGCCUGGUACCACUACACAGGAGGGAGAGAAGACGGAGAAGAGUGAAGAGAAGAUGGAAACGGACCAGAAGGAGGCGGUGAAGAGCGGUGAACCAGCGGAGGGAUCUGCUGAGACGGCGCCCGCACAGCCUGAAGUCAGCAGUAGUUAGUGCAGUAGGCAAUUAGGUGGUUUGCUGACGGAAUAACUGGUUUGCUGACUGAAUGACCGACUUGCUGACUGAAUAUCUGACUUGCUGACUGAAUAAUUAGUUUGCUGACUGAAUGAGUGACUUGCUGACUGAAUAUCUGGUUUGCUGACUGAAUAUCUGGUUUGCUGACUGAAUAACUGGUUUGCUGACUGACUUGCUGACGGAAUGACUGACUUGCUGACUAAAGGGUUGGCUGAUUGAUCGGUUGGCUGUUGGAACUGACCGACUGGCUGACUGGUUGAUGUACUCUCUCGCCCCUCCCCCCAGUUCGAACCCCCCUCCCCUACCGUGCUAGAAGUUGCCUGCUGAAUCAAAAACUGCUGACUUCGCCCCCCCCCCCCUUCAACCCCCACCCCUCCCCCCACCCCCCUUUCAAUACGUAGAUAAUAAGGAAGAUAAUUGAAAAAAUAGUCGAAUAAUCAAUUUUUGUGUCAUUUUUUUUGACCAUUGAAGAUGAAAAAAGAUUUAUAUAUUGUUGUAAAUAGAAUGACAGGAAGAAGUUAGUGAAUGAAUGAAUGAAUGAUUUAGAAAAGGAAUACAUGUGUUGUUAUUAUUAUUAUUAUUAUUAUUAUUAUUAUUAUUAUUAUUAUUAUUAUUAUUAUUAUAUUUUUUUGUUUGUGUAAAUAUUUUGAAGUUAAUGAAUGGAAGGAAAAGAUGAAAAAAGUUGUAUUACAGUUUUAUGAAGGAAAUGUAUUUAUAUAUAUUUGUGUGUGUGUGUGUGUGUGUGUGUCGCUAUUUAUUUAUUGUUCGUGAUUGUAAAUAAAAGCCAAAGAUAAGGAGAUGAAAUGUUUUGAUGUUGAAAAAACCUAACAUUUUUUUAAGUUGUAAAUAUGAAAAAAAAACGAUAAUUAUGAAAAAAAAGUAAAAUGAAAAACUAGAAGGAAGGAAGACAAAACAGAAAAGAUGGAAGAUAUAUAAAGAUUAAUAGAAAGAAAGUAAAGGAAAAUUGAUAAAUGAAGAAAUAGAAAUAAAAAAAGGAAUUAAAAAAGAAAGGAGAAAAAUAAUGUACGAAAAUAAGCUCAGAAAAACAACAACAAGAAAUAAAAACGAAAUAAAG